UCCUCUCGCUUUUCACGAUUUCAGUUACGCGAUCGGAAGUCGAGAGUGGUCAUCGUACUAUACGAUACGCGAAUUAAACAAAUAUAUUUUCUUUUCUUUUGUUUUUUUCUUUCUACCAAACGGAUCAAACGAUUACCGUGAAAUAUUUUAACAUCGAUAAAAAAGAAGAAGAAUAAGAAGAAGAAGAAGAAGAAGAAGAAGAAGAAAAAAGAGAUUCUUCGAAGGUGGGAAAAAGGGACGAUCGUGAAAAGAAAAAGACAAAAAUUAUAAGUGAAAAGGCACGUGAAUGAAUGGAAACAGGAAAAUGAUCGAUUGAAGAAACCGUGCGGGAAGGAGGAAUCUUUUUUUUUUUUUUUUAAUAUCGAACAAAAUUACAAAUCAUAUUUUACGUCCAAGAGGAUUGUCUAUGAUAAUACGUAAGAGAAUAAUCGAACGAUCGUAAUUGAUUUAGUUUUAAUUGAUUUAUCAAAGUUGUAUUGGUUAUAACUGGCAAUGGACGACGGGAUUAGGUUCGAAGGUGUAAAAAAGAUGGACGCCGGGAUAAGUACGACGGCGAAUGAUAGCGAGUAAAAUAAAGUCGACGGCGAGUGUCGAUUCGACAAAUCAAAUAAUUCAGGACGCGUGUCCUAAGGUUGUUGGUAAGGGACACGUGUCGGUGUUUAGAAAUAUUUCCUGACACGCGUUGGGAUUGCCUUGACACGUGUCUCUCUAACUAUUCGUUUUUAUCCAUGUCUUGUGCGCGCAUGUGUGUGUGUGUGUGGAUGUGUGUAUAUUUAUGUGGAUGUGCAUCCAAGAUCCUUUGAUCGUGAUCGCGAUGGAUGUUAAAGGAUUUCGAAUUCCUGAGUACUCGAACACGAACGAAAAGACGGUCUAUAUAUUCUAAUCUCUUCUAAUGCUCCAUGAGAUUUUUAUAAUAAUCAGGGAUGUAGAUGUAAAAUAAAAGAAGAAAGAGAGAAGAAUAAAAGAGGAAGAUGGAAAAGAGCGAAUAUCAUAAGAAAGUUUGAUUAAUUUCACGAGACGAGAAAGGUUCGUUUGAUUUUGAACUGGUGAAUUAAAAAAAAAAAAAAGAAAAGAAAAGAAAGAAGGACGAGGAAACAAAAAUUAGGAAAAAUGUAUUCCAUGGACAAUCUAGAAUUGGACAUAAUGAAUCGUCAAUAUAUGUACGAGGCACAUAGUUUUCUUGGUAAUCCAGCGAUUCCAGCUUUGCCUGCUCAUUAUGGUACACCAACGACGGCUAGCCUACCAACGAUUCCAUCACAAUUACCGUCGCAUCCUUCCGGUAGUACCGGAAGUACAAGCGGUAGCGACGUUUAUCCUUACGAUGAGAACAGUAGUGACAACGAGAGCGUCUACAGCAGCGAUCAAGAGAAUCAUGCGAGAGAACGAAGCAGAAGCCGAAGUCGUGGCAGCAGACGAAACGGUGUCGGUGGGAAAUGUCCAAGGCAGGCUGUUCAACAACGACAGGCUGCAAACAUGCGUGAGAGGCGACGUAUGCAGAACAUAAAUGACGCGUUCGAAGGUUUAAGGGCUCAUAUACCUACAUUGCCCUACGAGAAGAGGUUAUCGAAGGUCGACACUUUAAAACUGGCCAUUGGUUAUAUAAAGUUCCUCAAUGAACUUGUUCGUGCUGACAAAGGAAACGACCCUCUAACGGGAAACGGUGGUCAUUCAAGGUGUUCUGGACGAGAUGACACCAAGAAGAUCAUAGUUCGUGGAAGCGGUGGCAAUCCCUUUAUCUCUCAUUCUCUUUCCUGGUCAAGAGAAUCGGACGUUUCGUCGAAUGGUACUAUGUACGCUAAGGUUUGGACACCUGAAGAUCCGAGAACAACAAAAACCGGAACGACUUACGAGUAAAGAAUUCUCUUUCAUUUCCCUCCUGUCUUUUAUCCAUCUCCAUCUUUGUCUUGGUUAGAUAAAAAAAAAAGAAGACAAAAAUAAGAAAAGGAAAAGAAUAUGAAAAAAAAAAAGAGGAAAUAAUCAACACCAGCCCUUCUCCUCCGACCUACUUCACCUCAUCCUUUUGAGAAUUCUUCAAAUCUCGAAACAACCGAGGGAUUUCGUAACACGUGUUAUUUAGUGUCUAAGAUGGUGAAAUUUAUAAAAGAUCAAAUCGUCUAGUCUAUCGUGAAUUUCUAGAAGAUCGAGCGGAAGAACUUCGCGAGGAAAAGAAAAGGAAAAAACAAUGAGGAGAAAAAGAAAAAUCUAAUCUAGUCCAACUUCAACCGAGUCGAAUAAUUCGCUCUCACGAAUUGCGUGGACUCGUGUAAAAGUGAACACAAAAAUAAAAAAAUAAAGAGAAAAAAGAAUAGAAAGGAAAAAGUACUUUUGUGCAAUUUUUGAAUAUUUGAAAAACGACGAACGAACGUAAUCUGGAAAGAGACAAAGAAUGAAAAGAAAAUGAAAAUAAUCAUUUUUAAGAACGAAUUAAUUAAGAACGAACAUUCCUUCGACUCACAUAUAUAUAUAUAUGUAUCACAUAUAUGUAUAUAUAUAUACAAUCGAGAUACAAAACUGUAAAUAAAAAUUCUGUAUAUCGCCAUAUUUGAA